AUGUCGACAACGAUAUACCAGGAGUACCCAGACGCGGACAAAGGAGUUCUCGAGAUAUACAAAAACAUAGAAGGGGUUCAGAAGAAGUUUUUUCCUCAGAAUAUAGAUGAGCUCGUUAGUGCCGUUGUGAAUGAGCUUUCUAGUGAUAAAUUUUAUGAUCUGGACGAAUGUCAAUGGAACGUGGAGGUGGAAAGCGAUGAUGCUGUUGAGAGAGUUGAGUAUGUCAUAGGGAAGAUACUCCAUCUGGUCCAACAGGUUGACCCACCUCCACGAGGCAAGCUACUGUACUGUGGGACAGCAUCGCCAGAGAUUAUGGUGCCUAUCAUCAUCGAAUCGAAGAGCAGCGACGAUUUAAAGGUGUGGAGGAAGCUGUCGCAUAUAGUUCGCUAUGUCAUCAACAGCCAGGACUCCCGACGCUAUGUGCAAGCACUGACUGUGUGUGGUACCAAGGCUCGAUUGUGGAUCUAUGAUCGAUCUGGAGCGUUUUCGUCAAAACCAUUUGACAUCGACAAAGACUGGCUUAGAUUCGUCGAGGUUAUAUUAGGCUAUUACAUGAUGACUGACAGUGAACUCGGUUUUGAUAGUACCAUAUAUUAUGACGAGCAGACCAGGCAGCGCUAUGUUAAACUCCCAGUGAUCAAUUAG